AGUUGUAUCGAUCCGCUCCCCCAGCUUCCUGUUUAAAUGGCCGCCUUGAGAGCGGCGCACGAGACUCACGAUGCCUUCGCCGAUCCCCGCCAGCCGCCUGCUGGCUACAGAAGACUUGUGUCCCACGGUGGACAUCCGGACCUGCAGCAGUCCGCUGUCCAAACAAGUGUUCGGGUCCACCUUGCAGGUGCCCUUGCAGCGACUCCACGGUCGAGUUGCGAGUCGGCUGUGGUCGUCCGUCAUCCACUGGAAGGAGCUCCGCUGCGGGCAGCCCGUCGGCUCCGGUGGCUUCGGUUCGGUGUACAAGGCGACUUACCUCGGAGGGACUGUGGCGCUGAAGAAAGUCAAAAAGUGCACGAAAAACCAACUGGCGUCUCGUCAGAGCUUCUGGGCCGAGUUGAACGCGGCACAUCUUCGACAUCCGAACAUCGUGCGCGUUAUUGCGGCCACCACCUGUGUGCCGGCGGACCUGAAGGAAGACCGCAGCAUCGGAACCGUUCUGAUGGAGUUCGUCAGCAACGGGAACCUGCAGCAGACCAUCGACUGCAGCGCGGGGCCCCUGGGGGCCGACAGGUGGCUCAGGUACUCCCUGGACAUCGUGCGGGGUUUGGACUUCCUGCACGGCAACAAGAUUGUCCACCUGGACAUCAAACCCGCCAACGUGCUGCUGUCCGCGCAGGACACCUGCAAGAUCGCCGACUUCGGCUGCUCCGUCCAGCUGGGCAGCGACGUGUGCGGCGCCGCGUCCUACCCGAGUCACGCGGGCGGCACGUACACGCACCGGGCGCCCGAGCUGCUGAAGGGGGAGGGCGUGUCCACAAAGUGUGACAUCUUCUCCUUUGGGAUCACUAUGUGGCAGAUGGUCACCUCGCGCCAACCUUACCUGGGCGACAGGCAGCACGUCAUCUACGCCGUGGUGGCCAACGACCUCCGACCUUCCCUGGAAGACCAAGCGGCCUUCGGGUCGCAGCGAGGCCAACUGCUCAAGAAGCUUCUUGGGAGAUGCUGGACAGGACAGGUGGCAAGCAGACUGGGCGCACAGGAAGUAUUGACGCACCUGGACCAACUCAGAUCAUCUUCUCUUGUCUUCUAGUACUUUCCUCUUACUUCCAUCUCUUGUACAAUUGCAUCUUUCAUAUUUAUUUCAACACGGAAACCUUUUCUACCUUUUUAAGGCACACAUUUUCCUGCGGGUGACAAACUCUUCCUGGACAUUAUUGUUGAUGUGCGCUCAUAUUUGUAGCAUUGUUGUUUGUCUUUUGCACACCUGACUUAUAAAACCGUUUUAAGCUUU